AUGGAUCAAUGUAAACCACUUUCAACGUCAUACUCUACUUCCUUCUCUCCUAUUAUGAAUUCUUCUUCUUUAGUUGAUUUUACAUUAUAUAGAAGCAUAAUAGGAGCACUACAAUACUUAACCAUCACGUGACCUGAUAUUUCCUUUGUUGUUAAUAAAGCCUGUUAGAAGAUGCAUACACCAACAUUUAUUGAUUGGAUUAACCUCAAACAUCUCCUUAGAUAUUUAAAAGGAAGCAUUAUGCAUGGAUUACAAUUUUAUAAAAAUUCUGAAAAAGUAGUUUCAGCUUAUAGUGAUGUUGAUUGGGCUGGCUCAAGAGAAGAUCAAAGAUCGACAAGAGGAUAUCUUAUUUUCAUAGGAAACAACCUGAUCUACUCAUCUAAGAAACAACCAACAAUUGCUCGAUCAAGUACAAAGGAUGAAUACAAAGCUUUGGCAAAUACGACGGCAGAAAUAACUUGGAUUCACUGA